GGCCCAUGAGCCCGACGUGAUCUUGAUUCAGGAGAACGCCAAUGUGUCGCGGAACGAGUUUGGACACGAAGCCUUGCCACAAAUGCUCAGAUCACUGCAAGAGCAGGACUACUCCAUCCUUCAGGAGGGCGAGUUUGUGACCGUCGUGUGGGAUCGCAGCAGGGAAGCAUUUCCCAUAGCUCUUCCGCGUCUUUCGCGAAUGAAGGGCAAAGUUCACGCUGUACGGGUUCCGGCGCUGAAUGCCGUGAUCCUAAACGUGCACCUCACGUUCGAUGGCUAUGGCACAAAGGAGUCGAAGCAAACGAGGAAGGACUUGGAAGCCAUUGUCGCGAUCUGCAAGGAGCAGUACCGUGGCACAUCGAUUAUCCUGGCUGGCGAUACAAACCGAGUACCUCAGGAGGAUCGGCUGGACGGAGCUGCGGAGGUCAUCGAGCAGCUCAUUGACGGCCUUGGCAUCCUCUACAUGCCGCCGGGUCCGACGAAUGUCCGCUACAACUGCGACAAGGACACGACGGAGUACACGUAUGCGGAUUUUGUCGCUGACCUCACCGUUCGGCAGAUUGCAAUGCAAGAGGUCGUGAAGGUGCAGGAUGCUGCAUCCUUGGUUCAUAGCUACGUCUUGGUUACAUGUUAUCCUGUUAUCCCUCUUUGCCAGCUGACGCUGGCUGCAGCUCCAUGCCCUCCGAUGUCCGCCCCAGCUGGGCCCCACUUCCCCGUGGACCCGGUCCUCAAAGUCGGGAUCCCUGCAAUCACCUCAGCUCUGCCCAACACCGGUACUGGCUUACCGACCUGUCUUAGCUGCAGCGACGUCGGCAGCUGGGCCUUGGGCAUCUGGUGCCCUGCCGGCCCAGAUACCUCAGCUCAGGGCUCUGCUCCAAACCUUGGAGUGAGGGCGCGUCUUUGGCGCAGUGAUGUUGCAAUCGUUCAGCUUCUUUCUCCUCGACUUCUCACCUUGGCAGUUGCUGCGCCGAUGUCUCCUGUGCCAGAGGACUACAGCGUCGUGGCAGUAGACAGUACACCGGACGGAGAGGCAGAAGGACCUCGUUUGCUGGAUGCACCAAAGCCUGAGGUCCAAGCCGGGUCCUUUCGCGACUUCUGUGGGGAUCACGGGGUGGAUUUGGUGAUUUCCGGCUUGAGGAAG